GCUCCCUCCUUCCAUCCAUCCCUACGAAUCCUGACAACGAUUUCUGCCUAAUUAUAUUCGAUCUCAAUUCACCGCGUAACAAACGCGGGAAGAUCUUCCAUAUACGCCCGUUCGUUCUGACUGCGUGUGUUGUGGUCUGAGGCAAAUGCAAUUGAAGACGACACGAUACGAUACGUCACUGCGUAGCAAGGUUUUUGUAAGUUUCUGGGUAAAACUGUUUCGGUGUUUCUGUAGGGAUUGGGGCUGUAAUUUGGUGCUGUGAUGGUCUGUGAUUGUGUUUAUAGAGGUGAGGAUUUUGGAGAAGGAUUGAUGAAUUGGAAUUGGAGAAUUAGGGUUGGAGAUUUGGGGCUCGUGUUCUUCGGAUUUACGUUGGAAACUGCUGAUUGAUUGGAUAAAGCUAAAUCCAAUGUAAUUAAGUCCUCCUGCUGGAACUAAUCUCUGUGUGCUCUAACGACGUAUGAUAGAUCAGCUGCCAUAACUUCUUUCGAAGGAAUUUUCUCGUAAGAGGAUUCUAGGAUGGGCGUCUUCAGUUGCUGCUUCACCUCUUCCUUGAAGAACAAAACCACUAUGAACAAGAGCAAGAGCAGCAAAACUCUGCAGAUAAAAGUUGAGUGUGUAGAGAAUGGCCAGAAACCUUUAGACACGAAAACUAGCUCUUUCACUGUUCCAGUUCCGGUUCCUUUUGCCGUGCCGGAGAAUUCCACGUGUCAGGUGAAGGUGAUCGAAGAUGACGUUCCCGGCGUCAAGGAUAAUUCUGAUUUCGAUCUACAAUCCGGCGAUCAAUGCCUCCCCGACGUCGACACCUCUCAGGAUAAUAACACUGACAUGGAAGAAAGCCCGGAGAUGAUUGAAAACGGACAUGAUAGCGAUCCCGGCACUUCGAAUCAAGAUUCCGGGAUGAAGGCCCCAAAGCUCAAUCGACCGUGCUCCGAAUUAAUUCGGUGGAAAAGAAUCGAGUUUUCCGAGACGGCCCCUCUCCCAGAGGCGAAUGCAUUCCCCUGUUCGAGCCCUGUUUCUGUAAUGACGACGCAUCUUAGUGCCGACAAAGUGUUGCUAAAGAAGCAGUCUUCGAGCCAAAUACCCGAUCCCGUCGUAGCCACCGAGCGCGGAGGAUACCACUCGGACACCUUAGAAUCUGUGCCGUCGAAGGAGUCCAGCAAAUCGUCGUUUACUGCAGUUUACAGUUCGCGGGUUUGGAAUCAGUGGUUUGCGCUGCCUAUGGAGUCUCUGUCUUCUUAUUCGUCGUCGUCGUUUAAUCGAGUGGAAGAGUGGUUGAAGGAAGCCUCGACGGUGCGAAAGCCAGAGUUCGACGACGACGACGAUCAUGUCGACUUCCUGGCGUCUCCCGAGAGGUUGCCGGCGAGGGCUUCGUCGUUACGUCACACGACGGAGGAGAUUUUGCACACGAAUAGCGUAGUGCAGUCGUUGAAUGGGCUGUCAACAGUGGCUUAUAUGAUGGCGGCCGGACUGACGGCGGUGCCGGCGAUGUCGCGGCUCUCCGGCCUUCGGUCCGUCGACCUGUCCGGCAACUCCAUCGUUCAUAUAGCGAGGGGAUGUCUGCCUGGGAGUUUGCACGUGCUGAAUUUGUCACGGAACAGAAUACAGAGGAUUGAGGGGCUCAGGGAACUGACACGACUUCGGGUUCUUGAUCUCAGCUACAACAGAAUCUCUCGUAUUGGACAAGGGGUGUCGACAUGUAGAGCGAUCAAAGAGCUGUAUCUAGCGGGGAACAAAAUAAGCAAAGUGGAGGGUCUCCAUCGACUACUGAAGCUAACAGUGUUGGACCUCAGCUUCAACAAGAUUGCUACGACGGGGCUCGGGCUGGGCCAGCUGGUGGCUAACUACAACUCCCUCGCAGCGCUGAACCUCGUGGGGAAUCCCAUUCAGACAAACCUAAGCCACGACAACCUCCGAAGGACCGUCUGCGGACUGCUCCCCAACCUCGUCUUCCUCAACAACCAGCCCGUCCCCGCCACUAAGAGUAGUAGUAGUUGUAGUAGGGCCAAUACGAUGAGGGACGUUGAUCUCAUCUCCCGACAUGCCCUAACGAACAAGAGGAACAGGGCCAGGAUCAAGGCCCGGAGGCAGCAAAAACGGAAGAAGUAGUAGUAGUAGGGCUAGACAACAGCAGAGCCGGAGAGUAGGAGGACAUUCUUAUUAGAUUAUUAGUUGGUUUUCAGCUGUUACUCUUCGAAUGCGUUGUAGUUAAAUUUUCGACUGAAUCUAAUAGUAUGUAAAUUAGAUCUGAUAUACUAGGCGAAUUAUAUAUAUAACAAGUAAGAUCCAAAAACAUCGGGGUUUGAACCUGUAAUUUUACAAUUACGAGACCAUCUCUUGUGGAUAGGUUCUUGUACUUUAUUAUUGUUGCAUGGCAACGAAGAUAGUGUAGUAGAAGUAUUAAAGAAAUUGUUUUCAACGUAACGGUUGGUGGGGAUGGAACGAAUAUGAUGCAUUGCUUUUGUUGGUACUUGCUCAUUGCAGGAGUUAUUAACUAUAACAAUGUAAGGGUGUAUUUGUUUGAGAGUUUGAAUUUUGAGUUAGAAAACGUUAAAAAUUUGAAUUGAAAUAAAUGAUGCCAUAUAUGAAUUGAUGCCUAUGAAGUUACAGUUAUAUUUUGUGUCAUUAUAUUUCAUAUUAAAAAUAUUCUUAUUCCGUAAGCGACGGCAUGAUGGUGUGGGGGUUGGACGGUCAUGGAUUCAAAUCUCACAUAUCUCAGGUCACCUGGCGGACGAAAGUAGUAUUUGAUUUUAUAUUUUUAGAAAGAAACAUUUAUAUAAAUAGGAGAAAUUCUCCCAAAUCUUUUAAACAAACACACAGGAACAAAUUGCGUGGGGAGUGAGCGAGUCCAAUAAUUGAGACACAUCGAAACCAGCCACAG